GCUCGGCGCAUGCGCUCUAGCAUGUAAAUAACAGCCGCUGCGGUGGUUUGUAUGAUAUCGCACAGUCUCGUCAAAUACACGAACAACCGGCUUAUAUUUACAGAGGACGUUAUUAUAUCUGCUACGUUCAUGAAAGUACGUCUGGAAGAAGAAUACAGUGUUAAAUUAGUGGAACAGAACGCAGUAAUUUACAGCUAGUGAAGUGUCAGUUAGCACACAGCUAUGAUAGAGACUAGCCGGAAGUGUUUGAGUUUGACACAUUUAAUACUGUACUAUUAAUUCAAUACACUAUUCACUUAUUUUCUUACUUUUGAUUUAUAACCAACAAUUCAUUAAACGGAUUUCAGUUAGACCGGUAUGAGAGUAUUUAGUGUGUAAUUGUGUUGUGCUGUUAGCAGAGGUGUGGUGAUGUGUUGAGUGUAGCAUGACACAGCAGCUGUUGAUCAGAGUCACAGCUGAUCCAGGAGCGAAUGCUGCUCGAUAACACACUCAAACAUACAACAGCAUUACUGUCUGCUCCAGGGAUGCUAACAGAGAAGAGGAAGCGUCAGCGCGCUGAAGGUGAUGGCGAAAGCGCUCAGAUGCCUCAGGCCAAGCGACAGAGUUCAGCUCUCCAGAGCUCAGAGACGGCUAGAGAAUCAUGGGAGUCUGAGUCUUCCAGUAGCGAGGGCAGUUGGAUCAGCAGUCCAGAUCACGCCGCAGGGAGCAGCAGCAGUAGUCAUUGUGGAGUGGACGUUAUUGGGCCCCACAGCAGCCACGACCCCUGCAGUCCCCACAGUGCCUCUAAGCAGCCGGAUCCCGUGGACCUGCUGUCCUACCAGCACAUCAACCGUGUCCUGAAGGAAGCCCAUUUCCACAGCUUACAGAGCCGGGCUCCGUCCAAGCACAGGUGACUUCAGGGACAGAUGAACCCCAUAGCGACCCCUAGAAGACAGGGUUAAACUUCUUCAUCUCAUCCUCAUUCAAACCUGCUUCUACUUUCUAGAUCUCUCUGCUAGACCUCAUCUUAUGUUGAUAUUUAAUUGGAUGGAAAACAUGCCCUGGUACUGUAAGCUCUUCGACUAACUAGAGCACAAAAGUGUUUUUUGUAAGCAAUAACAGCUUGACUACGAUGCAAACUUUUGUGACUUCCACACUGUGUAUUUUUCUUCUGAAAACAGCUGUAUUGAGAAUGAUGAGUGGGGGUUUGCACUUGGGAAUCCGUUGGUCAGAUAUUGACGUGGACCAUAUAGCAAUUCAGCCGAGCACAUUUAGAUGGGAGGCUUAAACAUGCCAAAAUAUUCCAAUGCACUUCUGAUUCGUGAACUCCAUCGCAGUGCCGUAACUAAUGCAUAAAGAAGCCAGUCGAUUUCAUAUCAAAGACUGUGCUGGUGGGCAGAUCUGGGUUGAAUCUCUUUGUAAUCUUGACACAGUGGCUCAGAGUUCUGCUGGAUCUCUUCCCUCCCAACCAUCACUGAAGCUGGUUGCUCAUCCAAGCAUCACGCCUUCGAGACCCUGCAGAGGCUUUCUUGUGUGCUGUUCAAAUUCUAGAUUUGAAAGAUUUGUUGAUUAUUUUACUAUACCUUUUUGUAUGGAAAGAUGUACAUUACAGUUUACAUUCAGAUCAUCUACAUUUCUAAAUAAAGAUGUGUGUUCUUAAGCAAA